CACGGCGGAAGUCUUCCGCUGGCCGAUCGGGAAGUAGCUGAAGGCUGGGCGAUGGCAGUCCUGGAGGCCCCGCACCCGGACAGACCCGAGGCCACAGUGCCCCCGCGGGAUGGAGGGGUCUAAGACAUCCAGCAGCACCAUGCAGGUGAGCUUCGUGUGUCAGCGCUGCAGCCAGCCCCUGAAACUGGACACGAGCUUCAAGAUCCUGGACCGUGUCACCAUCCAGGAGCUCACAGCUCCAUUACUUGCCACAGCCCAGGUGAAACCAGGAGAGACCCAGGAGGAAGAGGCUAACUCAGGAGAGGAGCCAUUUAUUGAAACUCGCCAGGAUGGUGUCUCUCGCAGAUUCAUCCCCCCAGCCAGGAUGAUGUCUACAGAAAGUGCCAACAGCUUUACUCUGAUCGGGGAGGCAUCCGACGGUGGCACCAUGGAGAACCUCAGCCGAAGACUGAAGGUCACUGGGGACCUUUUUGACAUCAUGUCAGGCCAGACAGAUGUGGAUCACCCACUAUGUGAGGAAUGCACAGAUACUCUUUUAGACCAGCUGGACACUCAGCUCAACGUCACUGAAAAUGAGUGUCAGAACUACAAACGCUGCUUGGAAAUCUUAGAGCAAAUGAAUGAAGAUGACAGUGAACAGCUCCAGAUGGAGCUAAAGGAGCUGGCAUUAGAGGAGGAGAGGCUGAUCCAAGAGCUGGAAGAUGUGGAAAAGAACCGUCAGAUAGUGGCAGAAAAUCUCGAGAAGGUCCAGGCUGAGGCUGAGAGGUUGGAUCAGGAGGAAGCGCAGUAUCAAAGGGAAUAUAGUGAAUUUAAACGACAACAGCUAGAACUGGAUGAUGAGCUGAAGAGUGUAGAAAACCAGAUGCGUUACGCCCAGAUGCAGCUGGACAAGCUGAAGAAAACCAACGUCUUUAACGCAACCUUCCACAUUUGGCACAGUGGACAGUUUGGCACAAUCAAUAACUUCAGACUGGGUCGCCUGCCCAGUGUCCCCGUGGAAUGGAAUGAGAUCAACGCUGCUUGGGGCCAGACAGUGUUGCUGCUUCAUGCCCUGGCCAAUAAGAUGGGCCUGAAAUUUCAGAGGAGCUGCCGCUGUACUGUUCUGGGGGGCUGCGGUUUUUCUGGGACAACAAGUUUGACCACGCAAUGGUGGCUUUCCUGGACUGUGUGCAGCAGUUCAAAGAAGAGGUUGAGAAAGGCGAGACACGUUUUUGUCUUCCUUACAGGAUGGAUGUGGAGAAAGGCAAGAUUGAAGACACAGGAGGCAGCGGUGGCUCCUAUUCCAUCAAAACCCAGUUUAACUCUGAGGAACAGUGGACAAAAGCUCUCAAGUUCAUGCUGACGAAUCUUAAGUGGGGUCUUGCUUGGGUAUCCUCACAGUUUUAUAACAAAUGACUUUCUUUUUUCCUUAGGGGUUUGUUUGCCUUAAAGGCUUUAAAUUUUGUUUUGUUUGCAAAAAAAAAAAAAAGGGUUAAAUUAAAUUCGGGUACUAUUAAACAGCACAUGUUUACAAAUACCAAAAAAGAAAAAAAAUCCACAAAAGCCACUUUAUUUUAAAAUAUAACAGAUACUUUCCAGAGCUACAACAUGCCAUGUAUAGUAACUGGCCUUUGUCACAGUUUUGACUCUUAACCCCAUGGCUUCCUUUCCCUUUGUCCCCGCAAAACAACUAAUUUAAGUUUGCUUUUUUUUUUUUUUUUAAACUGAGUUGAAUUGAGAUUGAUGUGUUUUCACUGGAUUUUAUCUCUCAACUUCCUGCACUUAGAAUAUGAAAUAGAAACUUUUGUCUCCACUGAGACUACAAGAUGUGUGAGAUGCACAGUUGGAUAAUGUGAGAAAAUGACAUGUAAGCUUUGGUCACCAUGUGAGGUGAUCAGAAGCUUGAAAUUUAACACUUCUCACUUGAUUCUAGUACUGAAUGCCUGCUCUGCUCUGUGUUAGAGAUAUGAAAUUGUGUUUGAUACUGUUUGAGACCUUAUGGAGAGAUUUAAUUAUUUGUAAUAAAAGAUUUACUGCAGUCUGAUAACUGCC